GGCAUGUAUUAAAAUUCAAAAAUAAAAGGCUUUUCAGUUUUCACACUUUUCAGUUUUCAUUUUUAGUGCCUCAUCUUCUUUCCAAAUGCCAGAAACAGCUCAUAGUUGUCACUGCCUGCAAUAAAUUUUUGUUUUUAUUAUCUCUGAGUUCGUUUUAGACGAUUACCGGAUUACGCUGAGUAUUGUUACGAAAACGGUUAAGGUUUGCCUAGUAUCCCGCGUUUGUACAGUAUCUCGUGUUUCGUUUUGUUCUGGAUCAUUGCAGUAUAUGACCGUGGUUUUGUGGACGUUUUUAUUUGUAAUUGUAACUCAUGAGCACGUUAAGAUUGCCAGGGUGCCGUUUUGUGACUGAAAGUUAGGAGAUUCGAGUGUGACACUCUGGUGCAGAUUAGCAGAAUCAAUAGUACCGAGUCCCGACUACGACAGCACAUUUGAAGGUGCUGGAAUUCGUCAUUGUGUUUUGCCCUGGGAGAGCGUGGUAUUUCCAAUUGCGAAGACAACUACUGUAUUUGUUCUUGGACCAUGAAAAACGGGAACGAAAUCUCCAUUGCCUUCUACGGAACAAGCUUGUGAUGAUUUACUGUCCUUAGUACAAAAUUUGGUCAGACUUCAGUGUUCACUGAUAUUAUUUUGCGGACACUGCAGUUCUUCGGUGGAUUUCCCUUUUCGUCUCAAAAAUGGUGUUAGCGGAUUUAGGCAGGAAGAUCACUGCAGCCAUCCGGUCCCUUAACAAUGCCACAGUCAUCAACGAAGAGGCAUUGGACUCGAUGCUUAAAGAAAUUUGCACUGCCCUUCUGGAGGCGGAUGUUAAUGUCAAAUUGGUUAAACAGCUCAGAGAAAGCGUCAGGAAUAGCAUAGACUUCGAGGAGAUGGCUGGCGGCCUCAAUAAGCGCCGAAUGAUUCAAACUGCGGUAUUUAAGGAGCUGAUGAAGUUGGUCGACCCUGGUACGAAACCUUGGGCGCCCGUUAAAGCGAAACCAAAUGUCGUCAUGUUUGUCGGUCUGCAAGGAAGCGGCAAAACCACAACAUGUACCAAGUUGGCAUACUACUACCAGAAAAAGGGAUGGAAAACUGCCCUUGUUUGCGCCGAUACAUUCCGAGCUGGAGCUUUUGAUCAGCUGAAGCAGAAUGCUACUAAAGCCAGGAUUCCGUUCUAUGGAGACUACACAGAAUCGGAUCCAACGAAAAUUGCUGCAGAAGGAGUUCAGAAGUUCAAGGACGAAAGCUUUGAGAUUAUCAUCGUUGAUACUAGCGGUCGCCACAAACAGGAAGAAUCGCUGUUUGAAGAGAUGCUGGAAGUCUCCAAUGCCAUUAAACCGGACAAUAUUGUAUUCGUGAUGGAUGCCUCAAUUGGUCAAGCUUGCGAAGCACAAGCUCGGGCUUUCAAGUCCAAAGUAAAUGUCGCAUCAGUUAUUAUCACAAAACUUGACGGCCAUGCGCGCGGUGGUGGAGCUUUAAGCGCAGUGGCUGCUACUCAGAGUCCGGUGAUAUUUAUCGGAACUGGUGAACACAUCGACGAAUUCGAGCCAUUCAAAGUGAAGUCUUUCGUUAGCAAAUUGUUAGGAAUGGGAGAUAUGGACUCUUUAAUUGAGAAAGUCAAUGAUUUGAAGCUGGAAGAUAAUGAAGAGUUGAUAGAGAAGCUCAAACACGGAGAAUUUACAAUUCGUGAUAUGUACGAGCAGUUCCAGAACAUCAUGAAAAUGGGCCCUUUUGGGCAGAUUAUGAACAUGAUUCCCGGUUUCCCUACGGAUUUUCUAACAAAAGGCGGAGAACAGGAAUCUAUGUCUCGAUUGAAAAAAAUGAUGACGAUGAUGGACAGCAUGUGUGACGAAGAACUGGACAGCAAAGAGGGAGCCAAAAUUUUCACCCGUCAGCCGACGCGGAUCGCUCGAGUAGCACGCGGAAGCGGUGUAUCCAAGCAAGAAGUGCAAGACCUUUUAACUCAGUACACCAAAUUCUCCGCUGUGGUUAAGAAGAUGGGUGGUAUGAAGGGACUGUUCAAAGGUGGUGAUAUAUCGAAAAACGUUAAUCCCAAGCAGAUGCAGACAUUGAAUCAACAAAUGGCCAAAAUGAUAGAUCCUCGCGUACUUCAGCAGAUGGGUGGCAUGGCAGGAUUGCAGAACAUGAUGAAACAGUUACAAGGGGCCAGUGGACAAAUGGGUGGGCAUCGAUAGCAUGAUCGAUCCAUCGCGGCUUGGGACUUAAUGGAUUCCAAAAGAAAACGUCGCUGAGGCAUGCAGUUUUUCAGAGCGCAUAUCGCACUCGUUCUUCGAAAAAUUUACAGUGGUUUUUUAACUGACUUACGUGGAUGUCUUGUCACCAGUUUAAAUGUAAAUUUGCGCUUUAUUUUCCAUAUCUUUGUUUUGACCCGGAAAACUGGAGACUGAAGUCAACAAUAAAAUUUAUUUACCUUA